GUUAGCGGUCCGCAUUCGCCCUCCUCUGCUGUCUUAUCUUCGGAGCUUCACCUCUCUUCCACAAUUCUACCUCGUCUUCCAACCUCCAUCUUCUGUCAUCAAUGGCUUUAUGGAGCCCACGCAUGCAGAGAUUUCUACUCAACAACAACGUCAGUAACUUCAAUUUGAAGAAGACUAGUAAUAAUAAUAGCAAUAUAAUUUUGAAAAACUGGAGUAGACAAGGCAGCCUCAGGUGUUGUUCGGCGAUUGCAAUCGACGCGCCUUCUUCUCUCUCCGACGGCCUUGCCUCUGGGAUCAGAUGGGGUUCCGCCAAAUUACAGGGUGCCCGCGAGGAGAUGGAGGACGAUGCUGUUAUAGUCGCGUCAUCGUCUAAUAACGAGCUUGACGGUUUCCAUUUUGCUGCUGUUUUCGAUGGCCAUGCGGGAUUCUCUUCUGUCAAGUUCCUCAGGGAGGAGCUAUACAAGGAGUGUGUCAAGGCUCUACAAGGGGGGAUAUUGCUGAGUAAAAAAGACUUGACAGAAAUUGAAAAGGCAUUGAAAGAGGCUUUCAUGAAUGCUGAUGCCAAACUUCUGAAUUGGCUUGAGAUGAGCGGGAAGGACGACGAAUCUGGUGCAACAGCUACCACUAUGUUUGUAGGAAAUGACAUGCUAUUCAUCUCCCAUGUUGGUGACUCGUGUGCGGUACUUUCAAAAUCUGGAAAACCAGAAGUGCUGACCAAUUCUCACAGACCCUAUGGAAGACACAAGGUUUCUCUUCAAGAAAUUAAGCGAGUCAGAGAAGCAGGUGGAUGGAUUGUAGAUGGAAGAAUUUGUGGAGAUAUCUCUAUAUCCCGUGCCUUUGGGGACAUGCGAUUUAAGACAAAGAAGAACGAGAUGCUGGAAAAAGGAGUUGAGGAAGGUAGAUGGACUCAAAAAUUUAUAUCCCGCAUACGGUUUGUGGGAGACUUGGUUAUUGCUACUCCUGAUAUUUAUCAUGUGACAAUGGGGACUGAUGCAGAGUUUGUACUGUUAGCAACUGAUGGCUUAUGGGAUUACAUAAACAGUUCGGAUGCUGUCAACUUUGUCAGGAACCAACUUAGGGAACAUGGAGAUGUGCAGGUUGCAUCUGAAGCUCUAGCUCAAAUGGCAUUGGACCAAUAUUCUCAGGAUAAUGUAACCAUUGUCAUUGCUGAUUUGGGGCGGACGGAUUGGCAAAAUAUAGCUAUACAGAAACAAAACUUUGUGUACGAACUCAUCCAAGCUUUUGCUACCAUCGGUAUCGUCUCAUUUGGGAUAUGGAUGUCAUCUACCGCUUCCUUUUGAAACUUGAAACCAUUGCAAUCAAUCUCUGUAUAUAAUCAACAUAUUGUUUACCUUCUAUUCAUAUUACGUUAAUGGUAAGGUGCUGUUUUAAGAGCA